AUGGCGACAUUAAGCGUGCUGAUCACGGGCUUCGGCGUCGUACGCGAUGGCGCACAGCCUGACUGCGUGGUUUUUAUGGGCACAGUACAGCAAGGCGGCGGCAGUUCGUGGACGAUCUACCGGCCGUUUGAGACCUUCCAGCGGCUCGGCCAGCAGCUCGCCAUGAUCUUCGGUCAAGCGGUACCUGCCUGUCCGCCGCGCAUGUUCGACGUGCGCUUCCCAGACUCGCUGGAGAAGGCGCGAGUUGAUCUGAGUAUGUGGAUGAUGCAGCUACUGCAACACCCGCCCAUCUACCAGUCGCAUGUAUUCGUGGACUUUGUCAGCGCCGACGCCAAUAUGCCUCCUCCAGGCCUGCAGAGUGCGGCUCAGGCAGCAGCACGCAACAUCGGAGACCUCGAUAUGGACGAGAUGUUUGGCUCCACUACAGACGACGACCCACGCUCGCACGACGAGCUGCACGACGAUGAUAUGUUCCAGUUCGACUAUAACACGGACAUGUCGGGCGCUGGACUGGACCAGCAGACGCUGCUGGAGGAGACGCAGAUGCAACACGAGCAACAAGUUCAAGAGCAGAAGAAACGCAGUGAGAAGGUCACACUGGAGGAUUUCGUCAUGAUUAAAGUCAUCGGCAAGGGCAGUUUCGGCAAGGUUUUACUAGUCCGUAAGCGUGAUACGGGUCUUAUCUACGCUAUGAAGGUCUUGAGGAAGGAGAACAUUAUCAAACGUAAUCAAGUGGAGCACACACGUACCGAGCGUCACGUUCUGGGCUAUGUGCGUCAUCCGUUCAUCGUGGGACUCAACUACGCCUUCCAGACGUCCGAGAAAUUGUACUUUGUUCUCGACUACUGCGCUGGAGGCGAGCUGUUCUUCCACUUGGGCAAAGUACAGCGGUUCCCGGAACACCGUGCUCGCUUCUACGCUGCCGAGAUCACGCUGGCGAUUGAAUACGUGCACAAUUUGGACGUCAUCUACCGCGAUUUGAAGCCGGAGAACGUCUUGCUGGACGAGAACGGACACAUCCGUCUCACGGACUUCGGACUGUCCAAGGAAGGCAUCCAGGACGAUUUCUCGGGCGCCAAUUCCUUCUGUGGCACGCCCGAAUACCUCGCACCCGAGAUUUUAAACCGCUCAGGCCACGGUCGAGCUGUGGACUGGUGGUCUCUGGGAGCUUUACUGUACGAGAUGCUCACGGGUCUGCCACCGUUCUACUGCCGCGACCGUGACCGUCUGUUCGAGAAGAUUCGUAAGGGCGAUCUCAGCUUCCCAAAGUAUCUAUCGCCCAACGCCAAGGACCUGCUCAAGAGGCUACUGGAACGCGACCCGACUCGACGUCUGGGAACGGGCCCGACGGACGCCGGAGAGAUCAAGAACCACCCGUUUUUCGCAGAGAUCAAGUGGGACGCGCUGGCUACAGGCCAAUUGCCGCCUCCAUGGCGUCCGACGUUCUCGGGUGCACUUGACACGUCCCAGUUCGACCGCGAGUUCACGGAUAUGCCCGUGGUGAGCCCGGAUAACAAUGUGCGCGGCAUGGCGAUGGCUAUGGGACGACGACCGGCCAAUGGCGACGCGUACGGCAGCAGUCUCACAGGCAACGACCCGUUCAAGGGCUUCACGUACACUGAGGAUUCGUAUCUACAGGACGGACUACCAGGUCGCAGUCCAGCGCGAGGUAGUGGGCGUGUGCGGCACCACAACAUGUAG